AGCUGUUUUUUCUCCAGUUACAGUUGAAUGGGAUUAUGUCAAAGCUCUCCUACAUGGGUGCCCUCAGAUCAGAUUUUGCUGCUGAGCGGUGACGGGGACGGUUCCUGACGCUGUUGAGUUAAACCGCUUCAGAGAGUAAUGGAGCGGUUCACCAUGUAGACAGCAUCCGUCGGGAAGCAGGUAGAAUGGGAAACCACAUACGGAGAGCCGUCGGUCUGCAGCCGUGGUGAGCGCAGACGUGCUCAGGACCUCAGCCGGGAUCUCACGGAUGGCUGUCGCGUAACGCAGAGGAGCUCUCGUCAACUGCGGACCGCGGACAGGAUCUGUUUUCUUCAUCCUCCUCUCUCACCUCCUGUUCUCUCUUGCGUUACUCUCGUUUUUUUUAGACACCUGUUCUCCAGCUGCACCAGGGACUCCUUCUCUGCCCCGUGUGGCAUUUUCUCUAUUUUUCCCAUCUGCUUUAAAGAAAAGCUACCAAGCAAUACUCAGUCACCAUGGGUGACAUGACAAAUAGCGAUUUUUACACCAAGAACCAAAGAAAUGACAGCAACCAUGAAGGGGGAUUUGGAUGCUCGCUCAUGGAGCUGCGUUCCCUCAUGGAGCUCAGAGGAACGGAGGCGGUGGUCAGAAUUCAGGAGGACUACGGAGGUACCGAGGGACUGUGCCAGAGGCUGAAAACCUCGCCGACAGAAGGUUUGGAUGGAGUUGCCACAGAUCUAGAUAAAAGAAGAGAAGUCUUCGGGCAAAAUCUUAUACCUCCAAAGAAGCCAAAAACUUUUUUACAGUUAGUGUGGGAAGCGUUACAAGAUGUGACCCUCAUUAUCCUGGAGAUUGCAGCGCUGAUCUCUCUGGGACUGUCCUUUUAUCAGCCGCCUGGAGAGGGCAGCGAGUCCUGUGGGACGGCGAAUGCGGGAGCGGAGGAUGAAGGGGAAGCGGAGGCUGGUUGGAUCGAGGGGGCAGCUAUCUUACUCUCAGUGGUCUGUGUUGUUCUGGUCACUGCCUUCAACGACUGGAGCAAGGAGAAACAGUUCAGGGGUUUACAGAGCCGCAUCGAACAGGAACAGAAAUUCCAGGUGGUGCGAGGAGGGCAGGUCAUCCAACUCCCUGUGGCAGAUAUUUUGGUUGGCGAUAUUGCACAAAUCAAGUAUGGUGACCUGCUUCCAGCUGAUGGGAUCUUGAUACAAGGCAAUGAUCUGAAGAUUGAUGAGAGUUCUCUGACAGGGGAAUCUGACCAUGUGCGCAAAGCUGCAGAUAAAGACCCCAUGCUUCUCUCUGGCACCCAUGUGAUGGAGGGCUCGGGUCGAAUGCUGGUCACGGCUGUCGGAGUGAACUCUCAGACUGGGAUCAUCUUCACUUUGCUCGGUGCUGGAGGAGAGGAGGAAGAGAAAAAAGAGAAGAAAGGUCAGGCUCUGGAGGAUGGCCAUCAGCUGGCAGACUGCUCCCAUCCCUCCUCACACCCCAUCGCAACUAUAGCUACCGAUGGUGCGGCAAGUGCAAAUGCCUCUGGUAAUACCAGCCUAGUCAAUGGUAAAAUGCAGGAUGGAAAUAUGGAGAACAACCAGACCAAAGUGAAGAAGCAGGACGGUGCUGCAGCGAUGGAGAUGCAGCCCUUGAAGAGCGCAGAGGGCGGAGAGACCGAUGACAAAGAGAAGAAGAAAGCCAAUGUCUCCAAGAAAGAGAAAUCUGUUCUGCAGGGAAAACUGACCAAGCUGGCCGUACAGAUCGGCAAAGCUGGUCUGGUGAUGUCUGCCAUUACAGUCAUCAUCCUGGUGCUUUACUUUGCAAUCGAUAACUUUGUGGUUCUGAAGAGGCCAUGGCUGCCGGAGUGUUCACCGAUCUACAUUCAGUAUUUUGUCAAAUUCUUCAUCAUUGGUGUGACAGUGCUGGUGGUGGCCGUUCCUGAAGGUCUUCCUCUGGCUGUCACCAUCUCUCUGGCCUACUCAGUGAAGAAAAUGAUGAAGGAUAACAAUUUGGUACGCCAUCUGGAUGCUUGUGAGACCAUGGGCAAUGCCACAGCUAUCUGCUCAGACAAGACUGGCACACUGACGACCAACCGGAUGACAGUAGUGGAGUGCUAUGUGGGCGAUGUCCAUUACAAGGUGAUACCAGACCCCAGCUCCAUCCCACCCAAAACUCUGGAUAUACUGGUCAACGCUAUAUCCCUCAACAGCGCCUACACUACUAAAAUACUGCCUCCAGAUAAGGAAGGAGGUCUUCCCAAACAAGUGGGCAACAAAACCGAGUGUGGCCUGCUUGGUCUGGUCCUGGACCUGAAGCGAGACUACCAGACCGCCCGGAACCAGAUCCCAGAGGAGAAACUCUACAAGGUGUACACCUUCAACUCCGUGCGGAAGUCCAUGAGCACCGUCAUCAAGCUUCCAGACGCCAGCUUCAGAAUGUACAGCAAAGGAGCGUCUGAAAUCGUCCUCAAAAAGUGUACCCGUAUUCUGAAUGAGACGGGGGAAGAGCGCGUCUUCAGACCGAGGGACAGAGACGAGAUGGUGAAGAAAGUAAUCGAACCCAUGGCCUGCAACGGGCUCAGAACCAUCUGCGUGGCCUACCGUGACUUUCCUGCAGACCCGGAGCCCAACUGGGACGACGAGAACAACAUUUUGACUGAGCUGACCGCGAUAUGUGUUGUUGGAAUUGAGGAUCCUGUCAGACCCGAGGUGCCCGACGCCAUCAAGAAAUGCCAGCGUGCUGGAAUCACUGUGCGUAUGGUGACCGGAGACAACAUCAACACGGCACGAGCCAUCGCUAUCAAAUGUGGCAUCAUCCACCCUGGAGAAGACUUCCUGUGCAUCGACGGGAAGGAGUUCAACAGGAGGAUCAGGAACGAGAAGGGAGAGGUUGAGCAGGAGCGCAUUGAUAAAGUGUGGCCUAAACUGCGAGUGCUUGCCAGAUCCUCACCGACGGACAAACACACGCUGGUCAAAGGUAUUAUUGACAGCACGAUGGGGGACCAGCGGCAGGUGGUUGCUGUAACUGGUGAUGGGACGAACGACGGACCGGCCCUCAAGAAGGCAGAUGUGGGCUUUGCCAUGGGAAUCGCGGGGACAGAUGUGGCCAAAGAGGCGUCUGACAUCAUUCUGACGGAUGAUAACUUCUCCAGCAUCGUGAAGGCUGUGAUGUGGGGACGCAACGUCUACGACAGCAUCUCCAAGUUCCUUCAGUUCCAGCUGACCGUUAACGUGGUGGCUGUGAUCGUUGCCUUUACUGGAGCCUGUAUCACACAGGAUUCUCCUCUGAAAGCAGUGCAGAUGUUGUGGGUAAACCUGAUCAUGGACACGUUUGCAUCUCUGGCUCUGGCCACCGAACCUCCCACUGAGUCUCUGUUGAUGAGGAAACCCUACGGCCGAAACAAACCCCUGAUCUCCAGCACCAUGACUAAGAACAUCCUGGGCCAUGGCGUGUACCAACUCAUCAUCAUCUUCACACUGCUGUUUGUGGGCGAGCAGAUCUUUGACAUUGACAGUGGCAGGAACGCACCGCUGCAUUCUCCUCCCUCUGAGCACUACACAAUCAUCUUCAACACCUUCGUCAUGAUGCAGCUCUUCAACGAGAUCAACGCACGCAAGAUCCAUGGAGAGAGGAAUGUGUUUGAUGGCAUUUUCAGAAAUCCCAUCUUCUGCUCCAUUGUUCUGGGCACUUUCGCCAUUCAGAUCGUGAUUGUUCAGUUUGGAGGGAAACCGUUCAGUUGUUCUCCUCUGGACCUGGAUAAGUGGAUGUGGUGUGUGUUCCUGGGGUUGGGAGAACUGGUCUGGGGACAGGUUAUCUCAACAAUCCCAAACAGCAAGCUGAGGUUCCUCAGAGGUGCUGGUCAGCUGUCGAAGAAGGAUGAAAUGCCAGAGGAGGAGAUGAACGAGGACCAGGAGGAGAUCGAUCACGCUGAGAGAGAGUUGCGGCGAGGGCAGAUCCUCUGGUUCAGAGGCCUCAACAGAAUCCAGACUCAGAUACGUGUUGUGAACGCAUUUCGUAGCUCCCUCUACGAAGGCUUGGAAAAACCUGAAUCCAGAACCUCCAUCCACAAUUUCAUGACUCAUCCAGAGUUUAGAAUAGAGGACUCCACACCUCACAUUCCUCUCAUUGACGACACCGACCUUGAUGACGAGGCAGCCAGGAAGAACUCCAGUCAGCCCUCAUCUCCCAACAAGAACAACAACGCCAUCGACAGCGGCAUAAACCUGACGACUGACACAAGUAAAUCUGCAGCUUCCUCCAGUCCCGGGAGCCCGCUUCAUAGUCUGGAAACAUCACUUUAGCCACCUCAUGUGGGAGACCGCUCAAAAAUCAUCAUGGACUCUACAUUUAAAAGCGCUCCGGAGUGCACACGAACAUGGAUCGUGUACUGUUGACUGUAUGUGUGGUCGCGCCACAUUCUUUUAUCGAACGCAUGAAUGACGACUAACUUGCGGAGCGUCUCGAGAAACAAUACAAGAGCGCAAGCGCAACGCUCCCACAUCCUGAGGAAACAACAGACUAUAAUGAGUAAUUUAAAUCAAUUUCAGCUAUUAUCGUUGCUCCUGCAUGAAUGUACAUUACCCAGGUUUUUAUUUGGAAACCUUCAUUUUUAUUUAAACGGUUUUGAUUUGAUUUGAUGGGAUGUGCGGUGGACUGCUAAUUUAAGACAGCUUCUCUGAUUCACUGAUCUGUGAGUAUUGUGUGUGGCAUGUAUCUAAUUGUAUAGAUUUAUUUGGUUAUUGAUUAAGGUGUAUCCAGGUUGCAGGACUCCGAACUUGCACAAUAGAUUUGCACCUGUUGGAAAAAGAGAUCCCAUGGAAAUUAGAAUUUAUUAAGCGUACAUAUAUAUUUAUAGACAUAUUAUAAAUAUAUAUUUACAGAGUUUAACUUUAUUUGUUGGCAUGUUGCCUUGUUCUGCUUCAAUAACUACUUUAACUUAUUUAUGUCCUAAAGAGAAUGUAAUUUGUUUACAAACCUGUAGAUAUGUCCUGGUUUCUUUGUAGGGUUUAAAACUUCUUUGUAGGGUUCAAAACCACACGGCAGACAUAGUUGGAACAGCUCACGUUGUUCAGUACUCCUGUAAUAUUCGACUUUAGAUGUAUUAUUUCCAAUUGUGCGCUGGACUUGCCUGCUAUUUUGUCAAAUAAUGUAGAUAUUUUUAGAAGAUAACAAAAGAAACCAUAAUAUAGUGGGAUAUAUCAUUCACGUGGCAUCGAAGUAUUAAACAAGUGUCGGGAUCGAUUGCUCUGAGCACCCCGAAAAUAUACAAUCGGUUUGGCUAGCUUCGAAGGUUUUGGCGAUGAACUUGUGGUCGGCCUCAAAUGUGAGCAGAUAUAUCAGGUUGGAUUUAAAUAUCUUCUUUAGAAGUACAUACUAUUUAACAUAAAAUAGUUUCAGUUCUGUGUGACCAUAAGAAGCUGCGAUGGGUUUUAUGUUGGAAACAUGUAAACUAAGUUAUAUUUGGCAUCUCUGUAUGGAAAUCAAAAUUGUGUUCAAAUAUUGUGAUUUAUUGUGUUGAUUCUUCUUUUUGACAUUUAAUUUGUAUAUUUCUUUUGGUUAAAGGAAAUGGACCCAGCUGCUGAGCUGACGACACUUUGAACAACUGAAUUAUGUCAUGUAACGAUACAAAAAUAAGGAAUGUUGCUUUUGCCUCUUUUCUUAAAAAAAAAGAAAAAAAAAAGAAAAACCCAAACCAACAACAACAACAAAAAAUAUAUCUAUAUAUCUAUAUAUAAAUUUAUAAUCCUUUUCUGCACUAUCAGGAUAUGAAUGAAUUUCUGUGGUGUAAAUUUAGAUGUGCUUCUGUGUUCAAAUCAAGCUUGUCUUCCUGCAGUCAGUAAAUAUACUCUAGCAUCUCAACAGUAUUCACUAGUCGUUAACUAUUUAUUGUACUCUAGAAGUGAAAGGACAAAUGGGGGUCUGUUGGAAGGCACACUUAUGAAGUCACCCAUGUUAUUCAUCGAUAUUCUUUGGAAUUUGAAAGGCAUGAUGUCAUACACUUAAUAUGCAACUCAUUUUUCUCCAUCGUUCUUAAAUUGAAAAGUUGUUGACAAUUUUACUCAUCGAGAUAAGGUGCAUAAGCUUUAACUGUUAGCUCAGGCAUACUCAACGAGAGAAAUAUAUAUGAAAAAAAACAGACAGAUUUGCACCCCCCCCCCCCCCACCAGAAAUUGUUUUCCUUUUAUCAUGUUAAAGGUAUGGUUUAUUCACCCUCACGCCGUUCCAAAAGCAUUAUGAAAGCUUCACAGAAGUGAGCUGCAUGACUUCUAUUCUAUAUAAAGGUGACAUAUCAUGAAAAUCUGACUUUUCUAGGUUUUAAGUGCUAUAAUCAGGUCCUUGGUGCAUCUACCAACCAAGGAAACAUGAAAAAGAUUAACCUAGUAACUUUGUUUUGGUAAGUUUUUUCUGCAAGCGUCUGAAAAAACGAGUGUGUCUGAUUUCACUCCCCUAGUUACGUGGCAAAGGGAUCUCAUUAUAAUAUCACUGCCCCUUAAUCUGUAAGUUUCCACCCAUGGCACUAUCAUUUUUGCAAACGACAACAGUGUACAUCUUUUAAUGCCAUUGGGAAAGUUUGAGCAAAACACACUAACUGUUCUGUCUUUGGCUGCACAGACGAGCACAGAACACUGUAUAGAGUCCCAGCCUCAGAGGAGACAGAGCAGUGGAUUUAUUGAUUUAUUUACUGUAUAUUGCUACUGCCACACAGACCUAAAAUAAACAAGCAAUUUAUUUCCCAGCUGUUUACCUUCACGGACACAACCAACUCUUUUUGUAACUCGUGUGUUUUUAACAUAAACUCGUGUGUGAAUGAGAACUUAGUUUAGUACUCACAUGCUGUAACAGCCACUUUCUGUCUGUGUGCACUCAGAAAACUCUUUAUCUGAAGUUUAAACUAAUAUGGUUUAAAAUGCAUGAUUUCAGUGCAAUAAAUAGAUAAUCAGAACCCAAACAGAUGUUAUUUAGCAGGUACUGGCUGUAAUGGCGUAGCCCUAUACUGAAAAAGGGGGUGGGGUGGAGCAGCUAUUUUGCAUUUAAAGAGAUAGGCACAAAAAAACAGCUUCCUCUCAAAAUAGGCAUUUUCAAAUGAUCUAAUAAAUGAUCUGUUUGGUAAUUUGAAUUGAAACUUCACAGACACAUUUUGGGGACAACUGAGACUUAUAUUACAAAUUUAAAAAAUGGGCAUAAUAUGUCUCCUUUAAAGACAUAUGAAACAACAGAAGUAGAUUAGAAUAAAGGAAUUACCUACAGAAAGUCAUGACCUCCUCCGUAGCUCUCCUUGGUGUGUGAGAGAGAGCUAAUGAUGAACAAACUGAUCUUUUCAAUUGAUCGGCUGAUGGGUGAACUAUCCCUUUAACACAUGUCAAAGCCUCAUUCACAGUCAUUCCCAGACAGCAAGCAGUUUCGGCCCAGGUCUGGCCCAUAUCUGGCCCGCAUGGAUUUCAUGCGGGCCAGAUGUGGGCCGGAUCUGGACCAACACUAUGUUGCUGUCUGGGUUCUGUACACUGACCAAAAGAAUCACCUCUGACACAUAGAAAGGCAACGCAGGGGAGUUUCUCUGAAAUGUGCGUGGACUGCAUGACUCCAGAAAAGAUCUUUUACAGUAUGACUGGCCACUUCAGUUGAAUUCAUUUUAGUUCUGUGCCCUUGUGUUGAAGGGCCUAAUAACGGAUGCAGUUUAAAAUGCUUAACUAAUAAAAUGGAAGGAUGGCAGCAUUCUAAUAAUAUUGAAUAAUAAUAUUUCUUGCAAUACAUCAGCUUCUAUGUACUGUACUUAGCAGCAUGCGUUUUGUGGAACAAAGAGCAUACGACGCCACAGGUACUUUUGGCGCACUAGCAAUUUAUGGGCAAAUGAAAAGUGUUCAUCCAUCUUGUUUUUAUGAAUUUUAUAAUCUAUACAAUAAUUGUAAAUAAACAAACUCAAUGUCUUUGUUCAUUUAAUACUAUGCAAAAAGUCAAGCUUUCUGAUUGUUUCUCAUCUACCCUAGAGUGUGUUGCUGGAAUGUUUGUGGUCAACAAGUCAGUAAAACAACAACGGCAAAACUAAUUGUGAUGUAAAUGAUUUUCUAGCCUGAGAAUAUGAACUGACUCUUGUUGCUUCACUGUCCAUACCACGAUUCCAGACAGGAGCGCAAGUGAUACAAAUGAAAUGAAAGAAAAAAUGACAAAAAAACAAGCACUUAAUAAAUUCCCAGAGAAGCAUG